GAGAAACUCUCAUAGGUUAUAUUAUAUAACAACUCUGUCAUCCUUAAUCUUUUGAUAACAUAGUUGUACCAAUCACCCAAAACCAUAAGUUUCCUUUUACACACUAUACUACAUACAUGGCAGAUAACGUGGUUGCAUUCCUUUUGGAACACUUAUCCCAAUUGCUGCAACGCGAAGCUAAUUUGCUGUGUGGAGUGGAAGACAAAAUCAUAUCCCUUCGAAACGAACUUGAAAUCAUAAACAUAUAUCUCAAAACUUCUUCCGAAGGGAAGAUCAACAGCAACAACAGAGAAAUAGAACAAAAGGUUCUGAGUCAGAUCAGAGAUGUCUCCUACUUAGCCGAGGAUGUCAUCGACACAUUCAUCACCAAUGUCGCCUUCUACAAGAAGAGAAACGUGCUGGGAAGAAUGCUUCACAGCGUUGAUCACGCAAAGUUGCUCCACGACGUAGCAGAGAAAAUUGACAAGAUCAAAACCGCACUCAGCGAGAUACACGAAAACAAGAUCAAAUACUGUCAAGAAAGCAGUGAUCAAUCAAGAUCAGCAAGAGAAGAGGAGGAGAGAGCGCAAUCACUUCACAGAUUAAGAAGAAACGUGGAGGAGGAAAAUGUAGUGGGCUUUGUCCAUGAAUCCGAAGUAGUCAUCAAUAGACUCAUAGAGGGUGGUUCGCCGCCACUCAAAGUCGUUUCAAUAAUUGGUAUGGGUGGAUUGGGCAAAACCACCCUGGCACGAAAAGUCUAUAACAGUCAUAAGGUGAAGAAUCACUUCAAUUGCCGCGCAUGGGUUUGUGUGUCAAACGAAUGUAGGGCCAGAGAGCUUUUGCUUGGUCUUCUUCAAAAUUUGAUGCCAAACAAUGAUUACGAAGGUAGAAGCUUAAGUGAUGAUGAGCUGAAGAAAAGAGUGUGGGAAUGCUUAAAGUGGAAAAAGUAUCUGUUGGUUCUUGAUGACUUGUGGAAAAUACGAGAUUGGGAUGAACUAAAAGAUGCUUUUCCCGAUGGAAAUAGAGGAAGCAGAAUAUUGAUAACAAGUCGUUUGAAAGAAGUUGCCUCGCAUACCGGUCGAGAUCCUCCUUUCUUUCUUCAAUUUCUCAGUGAAGAACAAAGUUGGGAGCUCUUUUCUAAAAAAGUGUUUAGAGGAGAAGAGUACCCUUGUGAUCUUGAGUCUCUAGGUAAACAAAUAGUUAAAAGUUGCGGCGGUUUGCCACUCUCAAUUGUGGUUCUUGCAGGACUUCUGGCAAAUAAGGAAAAGUCACACAGAGAAUGGUCCAAAGUGUUGGGUCAUGUUAACUGGUAUCUUACCCGAGACGAGACUCAAGUAAAGGAUGUUGUUCUUAAACUCAGUUUCGACAACUUACCUUCAAGAUUGAAACCAUGUUUUCUGUAUUUAGGGAUGUUCCCUGAAGAUUGCGAAAUACAUGUAAAGAAGUUGUUGCAACUAUGGAUGGCUGAAGGAUUUAUACAAGAAACCGGAAGUAGAGAUGCAUGUGAUGUUGCUGAAGACUACUUGUACGAGCUCAUUGAUCGUAGUUUGAUCCAAGUAGCACGAGUGAAAUAUAACAGAGGCGUGAGAACAUGCCGCAUCCAUGAUCUUCUCAGAGAUCUCUGCAUAUUAGAGAGCAAAGAGGAUAAUAUUUUUCAAGUUUGCACUGACAACAACAUGUUAAUCCCUACAAAACCUCGUAGAUUGUCUGUCCAUUCUAGCAUGUCUCACUAUGUUUCUUCAAACACGGAUGAUCAUUCAUGUGUUCGCUCUAUGUUUUGCUCUGAUCCAACUUGCUUAAUUUCUCCGGAUGAGUGGAAAUGGCUUACCAAAAACUUCAAAUUGGUUCGGGUAUUAGAUCUUGAAGGAACAUAUUGUUUUAAGAUUCCUUCAAACUUAGGGAACUUCAUUCACUUGAGGUACUUAAGAAUUGAAGAUAUUAUAAGUGUUCCAGAUUCUAUAUGCAACCUUCAGAAUGUAGAAACAUUAGACUUUGGAUCUUUAUGGAAUGACAAAAUUUCUUUCCCCAUGGGAAUAUCAAAGCUCAAGCAUCUAAAGCAUUUGAAUACUUCUGGCCCUAUCAUUCUUCGGGGCCGUUGUUUAAAAUCAAAUGUUGAUGUAAUGUGGAAUCUUCAAACAAUCUCUCGCAUUGUACUGGAUAAAAAAACAACAUAUCUGAUAGAGAAAGGAAGUUUCCCCAAACUAAGAAAAUUAGGAUUGUAUAUCUCCUCAAACUUCAAGGGUGAUGUGCCCAAAAUGUUGCUAAGCCUUCAACAAUUGAAACAUUUGAAUCAGCUAGAAAUCAUAUUCAAUGUGAUUUGGCCACAGUCGCGAUGGGAUAUGAAUUGUAAGCCCGCGGAAGUUAUAGAAAGCUUGAAGCACUUGAGCCAUCUGAGUAUACUGAAAAUUAGGAAUGCAUGUGAGGUUGUAACAUGUGUAGCCAUGUUUCCUACCAACAUUACCAAGUUAACAUUGAUAGAUAUUACUUGUUUGAAUGACACUGGAAUGAAAGCUAUUGGAAAGCUCACCAAACUCCAAAAGUUGAUCUUAUCUGGACAAUACAGAUUUGGCGAGUUUUGGUCUUCAGAUUCAUAUUUUGAUCUUAAUUGUGUUGAAGAUGGGUUCCCACAGUUAAAGGAGUUUCAUGUGGAAAAUUUGCCUAUUCAAAACUGGAAAUUAGCUAAUGGUUCCAUGCCACGCCUUCAAAUCCUAGAUAUUCAUCGAUGUGAUAAGUUGGAUAGCCUCCCAAGUGAACUAUGGUCUUUGACUACCUUAACAAAAGUACGUGUUCGGAGACCUUCCAAUGCUAUGGCUGCAAUCCUACAGAAUUUGGAAGUUGAGAAUGGAUGUGAGGUCAUUGUAGACCUUCCAAUGCUAUGGUUCAAUGCCACACCUUCAAAUCCUUGAUAUUCAAAGAUGUAGUAAGUUGGAUAGCCUCCCAAGUGAACUAUGGUCUUUGACUACCUUAACAAAAGUACGUGUUCGGAGACCAUCCCCUCAAAUGGCUGCAAUGCUACACCAUUUGGAAGUUAGGAAAGGAUGUGAACUUAUUGUAGAGUAAUUAGAAUUAAUGCUUGUUUGCUUUGAAUUUAUAAGUUUUUUUAUGGUAUAUUUUAAACACCUUAUUUAUUAAUUUCAUAUUUCUUUCUUCUUCA